AUGUCCGAUCGAGCCCGACUGGAAAUCAAAAUUGAAGAAUUGAUUUCCAGGCUCAGUCGCCUUGAGUUGCGUGUGUCGGAACUUGAGUCCAAUCAGUUUGAGCUCGUAAGCGCUGCUGCUGAGGUACCGGCAUCCGGAGCAUCCGAGCAUACAGCUGCAUCUGCUGCUGCUGCACCUGAGCACCGGCCAGUUUCUGCUCAGUCCAGCUCAGUCCCCAUUUUUGAUUACCCAUCAAUUGCCAUUGAUCCUGUGAGGGAGGACCGUUUGAUCAGCAUUGGACAGUGGAUUUCCAGAGCUUUGCGAAAUCAGAUCACAGGUCUUUCAGGUCGUGAGAAGUUACCAGAGCCCAGUCAGUUUUAUUUGGUUUUCCGAGGAGUGAACGGCGUUGUGUAUAACCCUGUGAAGGUGUUUGCAACUUUCGAGGAGUCUUGCCGCUUUGUCAAGUCCCGCGGGGGGUCCUUGGGUCGUUCGGUCUUCAUUGGAGUUCCAAGCAAGGCUGACGGGAGGAUCAUUUGCUCAGCUGCCGGCGCGGCCUGCCUCCAGCACCAGUUUUCGUCAUUCAUUGGGUCUGAGCCCUUCGUUCCUGAGAGUGUCUUUUUGUUGCAGCCUGACGGCACUGCUGAUCCCUUUUACCAGAUCGGUUUGAUUCGUUUGCCUGCAUUGGGAGGUGCCGAAGUGCCCUCUCCUGUUCCGGUCAUUUUGAUCACUCGUGUGCAAGGAAAAGUUCUAGCAGCUAUCCCUUUCAGUUUUUGGCAUCGCUCAGUUGCUCGUAGAAAAUUGCCCAGUCAAAGUUUUUCAAAGCCUGCUUCAGUUUCUGUUGGUGCAGUGUUGGACGUUGACCGCGAGAAUCCCCUAGACGGUACUUUCAUCAAGAUUUGGAUCGGUUUGCUUGGCGAAGAUCUUUUGCAAUGUCUGGAUUUUCUCCAAGUACAGCCAUUCGAGUUGGAAAAUGCUUUUCCGACCGAGCUGGACCUUCCGGAUCAUGUUCCCCUGGCCGAGGCGUUGCAGUCCGUUGCGGACGAAAAGUUCAGCUUCAUGACGGCCGAAUCUGGAGAUCUCAGCGCGGGGGGGGCGGAUCAGAGUCAGCGCAUUGCCCGAGUGGAGGAAGCAUUGAUAGAAGUCAAAUCGACCUUGCAGCAUCUAGCCCUGGGACGAGCCGCCUCUUCGAUGUUGGCGGGAAGAAAGCCCGAUUUGGCAGAUGUGGCUCGUCCUUCAGCUUUGCGCAAAACUCCAAGGCUGGAUGUCUUGGGAGAGAGCGAUGAAGAGGCGGAGCUCAGUGCGCCGAGCGCUCCCAAGCUGACACAGGCAGAGUUAGACAAUCCUGUGCAAGCUUCUUUGCAAAAGCUGACCAGCAUUCUGGAGAAUUUGACAAGUCCCACCAAGAAACCACACAGUCUGCAAGACACUUUAGACGAUUCCGUAGGUCAUGCGGAGGUGUCCUCUACUUCUUCCAGUGGGACUCACAGCCGAAGGCAUGCAGCUGUGCUUCAAACAUUGAGAAAAGCCAUGAGAGAUUGCCCAGAAGAGCUCUACUCCGUGCUGGAGAAGAACAUGCUGCACGACUGUGGUGCCCCAGAGAUUGGUCCCGGUUUGGGGAUUAUGACUGCGACGUUCAGAGGAUGGGCAGAACAUCGAUCUCGUGUGCCGAACAUCCAGGGCACGGUCCGCACCCUUUGCGCUAUCUGUGGAGCGCUCGAUGCGCUGAGGCAAAAUCGUGUGGCCGAGGCAAAAGCCAGACUCAGCCUGCUGAUAGCUGCCAUAGAUCAGGUUUCCUACGACAAAGGAUUGUGGUUGCUGGGUGCCGAGGUUCUCCUCGAAGAUGGACCCCCGUUUGGGAGCUUCACAAAGCAUCAGCCUCCAGAAGUUUACGAGGUCCAUCAUUCCAGAUUGCUCCCGGCCCAGUGGGCCGAGGCCAUGAUGUUCAGGAUUCGGGAGCUGGUUUUUUUUGGCGAGAAGCGUGCGAAGUUGGGAAAGAGGCAGCCUGCUCCAGAAGCCUCCCUGACCCCAGCUCCCUCCAAGAUCGAGCGGCCGAAGCCAAAGGCCAAGGGAAAAGGAAAGGGCAAGAGCGAUGCGCCGGAGGAGAGCAAUCCUCCUGCAGCCAGCGAAGAUCCUCGACAUGUGCCGGGAGCUCGGGCUUCUACAGUUUCCCCUGUUCACUGGCUGAAUUCAUCUUUUCGCUUUUUGCAGAAACUUGGUGGAUCCUUUUCAAAGUUCCUGCGUUCUUUUCAUCGAAAGCCAGCUACUUCUUCGUGUUUGAAGAGUACCGCCAAAAUGUGGCCUAUGCCGCUUCCUUUUCCGGGAGCCUUGCUGGAGACGUGCUUGGAUUCCAACACGAGAGCAUUGCAGCGAGGUUUGAACCUUUGCGUCGCUGCACUUGAUUGGGUCUUUUUGAAUAGGCCCUCUACUUGCCCUCUUGAAAUUGUGAUUCCAGCAAAGUUGAGCCGUCUCCGGUGGCGGGUGGUCCGAUGCAUGGAAGGUGCAGUUUUGGCGUGGAUCAAGUGUUCUCCGAUUGACUCCACAGCAAUGGGUAGAUCGGCGGCAAAGGUGGAAGACAUUGAGAAGGCCCUGCACAAGCUUAGUGUUUUUGAAGGCCAGGUCUUUUCAGUGUUUCAGGAAGUUUUUGCUGACAACUCUGGUUUGGGUUCAGUCAGACGGCCCAUUUCGAAGAUGGCCCCUGGCUUGCAGCGUGUUUCUCCAGGAGUUGUUUGUGGCGUUUUGCAAGGAGAGGAUAUGCAGGUUGCUCGGCCGAUUGUGGCCUCUAGAAUUGAUUUCCGAGGAGAACCUUCUUUUGAUCCUUCACCUUUCUUAGAUGCCAGAGCCAGAAAAAUCUUCAAUUGCCCAAUAAAAGCAGCACUGAGUCCAGAAGAAGCGCCAGAAGCUCCGCCUGCUGUAAAGAUUUUUGCGUCAGAAGGCGAGAAGUGGGCUUUGUUGCGUAAGUUGGACAGUACCGGCAGACUUGGUGUGUUUCGGUUAAGGCAGGCUUACCCUGGUUACGCAGUUGCCAAAGACAUCGAAAAAGACCGACUCAUUUUUGACAACCGUCCUUUCAAUUGCCUUGAGCAGCCUCCGAACAAAUGGAUUAGCUCUAUGGGUGCGUCUUCUUGCCUCCUUGAACUCCAGAUGUCACCAGGGGAACGUAUGCUCUUGUCAGGGGCAGACCUCAGAGAAUUCUACUACAGUUUCUCUGCCACCCAGGAGCGGGUUAUCCGAAAUUCCCUGAUUGGCCCUGUCUAUGCCCAAGAUAUCAGAGACUUCAGGUGUUAUGAUGCAUCUUUGGAAGGGGCUGGUCCCUUAUUGUUCGGCCUAAAGACUCUGGCGAUGGGCGACUCUUGCGCGGUGGAGAUAGCGCAGACGGCACAUUUGGGUAUCUUGGUGCAGCAGUGCGGGUUAGUGGACGAAUCAACACUGGUUUCUAUGACUUUACCGCCUCCACGAAGCCCUAGCAUGCUUGGUGUGGUUAUUGAUGACCUUAUACUUUUCGAACUUGUGGCAAGAGGUGUUUCUGUCAGCGAUCCUUCAGUGAAGACUGGGAAGAUGUUAGAUAAGGCUUUGGAAUCCUAUGAGCGACUGGGGCUGAUAGCUCAUCCCGGAAAGACUUUUCGCUUGGAGGAAGAGGCAGAGUUUUGGGGUAGCCAUCUUGACGGAGUUUCAGGUGCAGUAAGAGCAAAUCUGAAACGGGUGGUGCCUCUGGUUUUUGCCACAGUAGGAGUCAUCAAGCUUGGUAUCUGUACUUUGUCCCUUCUGAAUGUGCUGGUUGGAUCUUGGACUUCAGUUUUCUUGUACAAGCGGCGAAUGUUGUCCUUAAUCAAUGUGAGCUACGCAGCUCUUCAUUCCUCAGAAGAUCCUCGCGCAGUUUUGAGGUUGUCUGAUGAGUUGUUGUCGGAACUUAUUUUGAUCGUCAGUUUGGCACUGUUAGCAGUCACCUUUUUGACAGCCGAAAACUCCAAUUUUGUUUUUGCCUCGGACGCUUCGUCGUGGGGCUUGGCAGUUUGUAAAGCCCCCCUGCCGCUUUGGCUGCGGGGAGAAAUCCAUCGCCAUAAACUAAGGAAGAGCACAUGGGUAAAACUGCUUUCCCCUUCAAAGGCUUUGGAUAGGUUACAUGGAGAGCUUCAAGCAUCGGAUGAGCUGCCAAGCGGUGAAGUCUUGUGUAGUCAUCCCCUCCACUCUCUUUUGAUUACUGGCUUGCAAUUUGAAGAAGUUUGUCGUGCUCGAACUCGGGACGGCUCCCACAUCAACAUUGGAGAGUUGCGCGCCAUGACUCGGUCUGAGUAUGAAGCUGCUCUGACUGGGUUUCCAAACAGAACCAUGUAUCUAGGAGAUUCUCAGGUUGCUCUGGGAUGCUGGAUAAAGGGCCGAUCGAGCUCUUAUGGGUUGAACCAGGUCUUGCAGCAGAGUUUGCCGGUCCAUCUGGGGUGCGGGUUGAUCUCAAAUGGGGGGUAUGUUCCAACAGAUGUGAGUGUGGCGGACGACCCCACUCGCGGCAAGGCUAUUCGCCCUCCUGCAUGUGAGCUACCGAGUUGGAUGCCCGAUUGCACAGAGCUGAGUUUUGCAGACCGGUGUUGUCAGCUUGAUGAGUUUUUAGUUUCACUUGGUGCAGAUUCAUUUGAACUUUCUGGCCUUCCACCUUUUGAAGAGCUCCGUACAGUUGAGAGUUUUCCUUUGCUUCCUUCUCGCUCCUUGCGCAGCAAGUCAUAUUUUGCCCAGAAACGGGCUGCAAAGACAGCACGUAAGAGCCAGAGCCCACAAGCGUUCCCCAAAGAGGUUGGUCGUGCGAAGUUUGCUUUUCCUUCCCCAUCGCCAUUGUCAGAUUUUUCAUGGCCGGAAGAAGCAGUCAGUUUGUUGAGUCGGCUUGAUGCAGCACAAUUUAUUUUCCCAAAGAGCUGGUCCGUUCCCUCGAGUUGGCGGCCUUGUGAGAGUCUUCCGCAAUGCAAGGGAUACCUUGAUUUGUAUUCUGGCCAAAAAGGAGUUGCACGUGCAAUAGUGGAAGAAGCUGCCGUUUGGUCGUUGACAUUGGAGAUUGAGGAUGGCGAGGCUCAGAAUUUGGCCGAUUCAGAACUUAGGGUUCUCAUAGGUCGUUUGAUCCAGCUUGGUGUUUUCUUUGCAUUAGGCGUCGUGGUCUUGGGGUUAUUCAACACUCAAAAAUUUCAUCAGCGGAAGUGGUUGCAGCGUUGGAUUUCAUUUUCAGUGGAUUGCAUGCUGGAGAGCCCCUUUAUGCUGGAUCACCAUCUUCGUUUCGACGGCGGUGGGAUGCCAUACUCGAAGUGGGGGCACUUUCGGUUUUUGGUGAGCUGCCUUUUGACUGCAGACUGCGAAUUGAGCGAGCGGCGGAACUUUACUCUUUUUUGCUCCCUGGUCCUAGUUUUCUGGCGGCGCCUAGCUCCACCUGAGUACUCGACUCAGCCUACGGCCGCGUCUGGACGAAAAACUCGGCGUGUGUCCAAGUGGAAGUCUGAUCUCGGCCCACCACCCCGGUGGAAAGGGGGCUUUUCCUUUUGUUUGGCUGGCUGUGACGAUUGCUUCUCUGCAAAUUUGCACUUGGGCGCCAUCCAAUAUUUCAAGCCCCUCAACAUCGAUGUCAUUUUUGGAUGCCUUCACUGGCAGAGCCUGCAGGACGAAAAACUCGGCGUGUGUCCAAGUGGAAGUCUGAUCUCGGCGUCUGUCCAAGUGGAAGUCUGA